AUGACUAAUGAAUUAGAAAAAAACUCAAAUGAAAGUGUCAUCGAAGUAAUAUCUAUUGAUGCUGAGUCAGGAACUCAGGAAGAAAAUUUUGAAAAAAAAAGUAGUAAUGAUGGAAUAAUUAACGACGAAAAUAUAUUCUCCGAUAUUUCAGAGAGAACUGAAAAUUCUUCUGUGCACAUGGAUCAUGAAAAUAAAAUACUGCAAGAGUUUUAUGAUUUAACAGAAGGAAAAAAUAACAAUGAUGAAAUUAUAUGCAUAAAUUCAAAUUCAGUAAGUCCUAGUAAAGGAAUAAAUGUAAAAUCUUUAGAAGAAAAUGAAAAAAAAGAGGAAAAAAGAAAUAUGCUUGAAGAAAAAGAAAAAAAAAAGGAAAAAAAAAAAUGUUUAGAGGAAAAAGAAAAAAAAGUAGAAAAAAAAAAUUUUUCAGUAGAAAAAGAUCAAUAUGUUAAUUUAGACAUCGAAACAUAUUAUAAUAAUAAUAAUAUUAACAAUUAUAAUAAUAUAAAUCAUAGGAAUAAUAUAAUUAAUGAUAUGAAUAACAAUAGGGAUAAUAUACUUAAUGAAAUUAAUAAUAAUAGGAAUAAUAUACUUAAUGAAAUGAAUAAUAAUAGGAAUAAUAUACUUAAUGAAAUAAAUGAUAAUAGGAAUAAUAUAAUUAAUGAAAUGAAGAAUAAUAGAAAUAAUAUAAUUAAUGAAAUGAAGAAUAAUAGGAAUAAUAUAAUUAAUGAAAUGAAGAAUAAUAGGAAUAUUAUAAAUAAAGAAAUUAAGAAUAAUAGGAAUAAUAUAAUUAAUGAUAUGAAUAAUAAUAGGAAUAUUAUAAAUAAUGAAAUAAAGAAUAAUAGAAAUAAUUUAAAUAAUGACAUAUAUUAUAGUAGUAAUAAUGGAAAUAAGAAUAGUGGUGCAAGCAGUAAUGAAAAAGAAACAGUUAUAUCUAUUUUAUGUCACAUAUGUUCAGAUGUAAUGGAAAAAUCAAUCUUUAAAGAUCAUCUAUUUGCACACACAAUAGAUUCUAUACAACAUAAUCAAAGAAAUUAUACAUGCGAAAGGAAAACUAUCUUAGAUGAUGAUGUUUAUGAAAUAAGAAAUAAAGAAUGCAAUGACUUUAGUAGAUUUACAAAAAAGCAAAGUAGAAGUAGUGCACAAAAUUUUGCACUCAGUGGUACUAAUUGUUCAUAUAAUGAUUUGGAUAAAAUGUUUGAUAUGAAUAAUAAUAUUGAACAAGCUAAUUUUUUCAAUAUGAUUUAUAAUUAUAAUUCAAACCUUGAUGAUUUUAAGGAUAACUCAUCUAAUAAUAAUAAAAGAAAUAAUCACAAUAUAAUAAAUAAUGCUAUAUAUACCAAUGAUCAUAAUAAUAAUAAAGAUAAUAUAAUAAACAAUUUCUAUAACAAUACAAGUGCAAAUGAUAUAAUCGAAAUUACGAGUUCAACAGAAAAUGAAGUGAAUGAUAUAUUAUCAAAUAGUAUUAAUAUUGAUGAUAGAGACAUAGAUGUAACAAAAAGCAUAGAUAAUACAGACAAUAAAUUAGAAGAAAGUAAUAAUAAUGAUAAUGGUUUAUCUCCAUUAACAGAUUCAAUUUCUUCUAUUUUUAAUAAUCCAGAUACAUCAUCAUCAAUUAGUAGUUCUGUCAUUAGUAAUAAUGCAUAUAAUGAUAUAAACGAGGAAAGUUCGAGUAGUAUUGUUAAUAAUAUAAAUUCCAUGAUGAAUUGUAUACAAACUAGUAUAAAUAAAGUUAGAGAAAAAUCUAAGAGUAAUAUAAAUAACUUAAAUAGAGCUAUAAAUAAUGAUGUAAAUAGAAGUGCAAAUGGUGUAAGAAAAGAAGAAAACAAUUCAACAAGUAGAUUUGCAAACAAUACGAAUUACAAUAAUGCUGAUAAUAUAUUAAAUAGGAAAUUAAAUAGAAUAUACAAAAAUUUACAUAAUAUACAUAGAAACAUUAACGAUGUAUUAGACGAUAAUUUAAAUUAUUUGAGAAAUAGUAAUAUUAAUAAUAUGAAUAAUAAUAAUACUAGUAAUAAUAUUAAUAAUAAUAAUACUAGUAAUAAUAUUAAUAAUAAUAAUAAUAAUAACAUUAUUAAUCAAAAUAUGAAUAAUAAUAAUAAUAAUAAUAAUAAUACUAGUAAUAAUAUUAAUAAUAAUGAUAAUAAUAAUAUUAAUGACAUUAUUAAUUAUAAUAUAAAUAAUAAUAAUAAUAAUACUAGUAAUAAUAUGAAUAACAUUAACAGUAAUGGUGUAAAUACUACAAUGAGAACAAGUACCAGUAGUACAAGACAAAAUAAUUCUUCUAAUGUGAGUGAUCCAUUAAAUAAUAUAACGAGAACAAGAGCACAACAGUAUAACAGAAGUUUCAGUACUAUUUUUGAGAAUCAAAAUAGAUUUUCACUUGAAAAAUUUUCCACAGGUUCUUCUAUUGGUUCAUCGCCCAGCUAUAGUUCAUAUUCUUCUAAAAAAUCUCAUCAACACGAUUCUCGUAACAAAUCUUCAAGGAUAAAUGAUCUAAAUUAUUUAUAUUCUAAUUUAGUUGAGAGGUACCCUUCUAUUUGCGAAAGUACUUCAUUUUCUCAUUUUGAUAAUAAUACUAGUAAUAUUUGGCCCUUAAGAAAGGUAACAAAUGUCAGUAGAAGUAUAAAUAAUUGUGCUUCAACAAAUCCUGUACAAAAUACAGAAGGAAAUAGUUUAAACAUUAACUCUAAUAACUUUAGUUAUCGUAGUUCCAAUAAUAAUAAUUAUACAAAUAUGUCAUCUAGAAAUAACAUAACAAAUUUGAAUAAUAAUGAAAAUAGAACCAUUAGACAUAAUAUAAUUAAUAACGCUGUAACGGUAGAUAUUACUGAUCCCUAUGUAGAUGAUUCCCUAUUUUUAAUCACUAAUGGAAAUAAUAACAAUUCUAGUAGAAAUAAUAAUAUUAUGAAUACUAGUAGAAAUAACCAUAUUACUUCUAAUAAUAGAAACAGUAAUAACAACACUACCACUACUACUAUUAAUAGAAAUAAUAAUAGUACAACUACUACUACAUUUAACAGAAAUAAUAACCAUGUUGUUUCUUCAAGUCCUGCAAAUAGCAGUUCAAUUAAUUGUAAUAUUAUUAACAACAAUACUAUAAGAAUAUCUGUGAAUAGUUCGGGAAGAAAUUUAACUAGUCAACAAGUUUCAGCAAGAAAUAAUGAAGGAUCUAGUGGGAAUAUGAAUACAAAUACAAGACAAAACAUUUAUAUUUCUAGUCAAAGUGAACAUGAAGAGACAAAUAGUAAUUCUAGUAAUUGUCCAAUAUUAAAAGAAAAAAAUGAUUUUUUAAUUGUUUAUUUUGAUAUACACAAAAAUGAACAUAAUAAUUUAAAACUUUGUUCUAUUUGCUAUGAAAAUUAUGAACAUAAAGAGGCUCUUAUUUUUUUGCCAUGCACUCACAAUUUUCACAAAGCGUGUAUAAUUAAAUGGAUUAAUAAGAAAUCAACUUGUCCUAUUUGUAAAAUAGACAUUAAACAUUAUUAA